CGGCCGCCAUUUCGGCGGGGGCGGGAGCGGUGCCGGCGCCAUUUUGUCGCGGGCGGCUGAGGGAGAAGCGGCGGCGGCGGCGGGAGCGGGCGGAGCUCAACGCCAGCCCCGGCCCCGCGCCGGCCCCACACCGGCCCCGCACUCACCCGCCCGCCCGCCGGAGCUCACCGGAGACCUGGCGACCGUGUGCUUCGAUUCUCUGAAGAUGGCUGCACAGUCAGCACCGAAGGUCGUGCUAAAGAGCACCACCAAGAUGUCUCUGAACGAGCGCUUCACUAACAUGCUGAAGAACAAACAGCCGAUGCCGGUGAAUAUCCGGGCCACCAUGCAGCAGCAGCAGCUGGCCAGCGCUCGAAACAGACGUCUGGCCCAGCAGAUGGAGAACAGACCGUCUGUGCAGGCCGCUCUGAAGCUCAAACAGAAGAGCUUGAAGCAACGCCUCGGCAAGAGCAACAUCCAGGCGCGGCUGGGCCGGCCGGCGGGGACGCUGGCCCGAGGAGCCCUGGGGGGCCGCGGGCUGGCCCUGGGCCAGCGGGGGCUGCCCCGGGGGGCCCUGCGGGGCCGCGGCGCCCGCGCCAUGAUCCGAGGAGGGGUGGCGCUCCGAGGUCAGGGCCUGCUGCGCGGCGGGAGAGGGAUUGCCCCCCGGAUGGGCCUGCGGAGAGGCGGCAUCAGGGGCCGCGGCGGCCCGGGAAGAGGCGGCCUGGGCCGGGGCGCCAUGGGCCGGGGAGGGAUCGGCGGCAGAGGGCGCGGCAUGGCCGGGCGCGGCCGGGGCGGCUUCGGCGGGCGCGGCAGAGGCCGGGGCCGCGGCAGAGGCUCGGCGCGCCCCGCACUCACCAAGGAGCAGCUGGACAACCAGCUGGACGCCUACAUGUCCAAGACCAAGGGACACCUGGACGCCGAGCUGGACGCGUACAUGGCACAGACGGAUCCCGAGGCCACCGACUGAGGGGCCGGGACUGCCGGGGGGAGCUCGUUCCGUCGGGGGCCCCCGAUGGGAAAUCCCGACUUAGUGUGUUCUUCGAUGUUUUGAUACUCUCUGUUGUAUUAAACUUUUUUUGGAUUGUU